UACGUUACAACUUGAAUCAUUCGAUAGAUCGAUUUUUUUCAGUUGGUUGACCCGUUCACAAGCAGUCUCAUUCCGUUAAGAAUUUUUUAAGUGUGAAUAGUUUUUUUAAUAAAUUUGUAUUAAACUUUAGUUUAUUCAAGUGUUUUAUAUAAAAAAGAAACAAGAUGACUACUACAAAUUUUAAUAUUGGAUUAAUGAAUGAUAACCGUAACUCCAGCCGUGUAUUAAAACCUCCAGGUGGUGGACACACAGAUCUUUUUGGACCACCAGAACCAAUUACACCAAAAGUCAACGCCAAACAAUCUCAAAUCAGCCAAAUAUUUGGCAAUGACGAUCAAAAUUCAAAUUGUUCAACAAAAAAGAAGAACUUAUUAAAAUCUUCGAUCGUAUUUUCGGAAGAAGAGAAUGAAAAUAAAAAUCAAACAAAUAACACCGUGCAAACGGAACAAAACGAACAAAAAACCGAAGAGACAAAGACUGAAGACAAUGUUGAUAAUAAUAAACAGACUGAAGAAGCCAAGGAAGUCCAGAAAGAGGUACAAAAACCUAAACGAGUUCCUCCUGGUGGAUAUUCAACCAGUCUUUGGUAAAAAAUUUUUUAGAAAAGGCAAAUAAAAAAAGAAUUUAUAUGUAGUUAUGGCGCUGAAAAUCACAUUUUUUAAUACUUUUUUCCUUGUGUUAAAAUGCUUGAAACCACCAUUUCUUUUUUGUAUAAUUUUUUAAGUUAAUUGAAGAAUAAUCAAUACUGCAAACUUUUUAAGUAAUUAAAUACGAAUCGGCUAUUAUCGGGGGGCCGUAUUUCAAUAUUUUUGCCUUUAAUUGUAAAAUAAUAAUUUAUAUAAUCAAUUUAAAAAAAAAUGUUUACACAAAAUCCGGCUAAACAAUGUAUUUUAGUCAUUUUGUUGAAAAAAUUUUAAAACUAUGCUUUUCUUUUUUUUUUUAAAUAAUUAUUAUCGUAUGAGUAAGACUUUAUUGUAAUGAAGAUUUGCUUAAUAAAUAAGAUUUUUGUAAUUUAUUA